AUGUUUGGUCCUUUCCGCCUCACAAACCCGCUAUCGGGCGGUCUAUUAUGGAAGAUACCAUGGCGGCUAUCCAGACACCAGAAGUACAGGCAACGCGAGCGCCUACGGCACGUUGACACUGUGGUCGGCACACUCGAUACCGCACUACGACGCAUGGGACAGAGCAUGAAGAAGGUGGAGCGCUGGAAGAUGGAGAUGCCGACCGAGGCAGAGAUGCUUCCCAAGGACAAAUACACCGUCUUCGACCGUAAGGUGAAGAGGUAUCGAAAGGGAAUACACAAGGGAGAACUAAAAGCAUCUGCGGUGGAGUACAUCCUGAAUUUGCGGUCGCUGACAGUUCACAGAGGUGCCAAAAUGGACGAGAGUCAGUCAACGACUCAACCCUCCGGGUUUCUAGACGGUCCCUACCGGGAACGACGAUACGGCGCUAUGGGAAAAGAGCAAUACAACAUCUCAAAUCUGCACUGGGCUCUUUCGUUUCCUGAAUCGGCCAUGCACACUAUCGCAGAAGCUCGUCAAUUCUUCCUAGAAAUACUGGACUUGCUCAAAGCCAAUACCAUCACAGUUGAGACCUAUGCGCAAUCUGUUCUUGGCCACAUCCGCGACCGGGACCAUAUUGUCAAGGCAUGGGCCCAUCUCGCACUUCACCUGAGCAAACGCCAGAUCAAGAGCUUGUUCUACGCCGAACUCGAGAACUUGAUCAUGUGCCACAAAAUCAGAGAGGACCGCUGCAUGGAGUGA